CUGCUUCUCGCGCCUCCUGGCAGCCGCCCUGCCUCUGACACACAGUAGCCGGGACGCCCGACGCCGCUAGCCAUCGGCGCGCCCCGCGGGGCGCUGCACUGGGGACUCCGCGCGACGGGCUAGCAGAGGAAAGGAAAUGUUCAAAUGAGAUUUUUUAAUUAUUGCAAGUCAGUGAUGGAUCAGAAGUUGCAGAAUACAGUCAAUGAAAGUUUUCAAAUGUGUUUGCUUCAAAUAUCGGAGUUAAAAUUGAUCUACCAACUUAAAACUUUGAUCUAGAAAAACACACUGCACAGAUUGGAAAGUAAUAACUGGGAAAAUAUAUUUGGCUCUUAAUGUAUCUAAAUGAAAGGAAUCACCACUUUAUUUCUCAAGCUGAAUUACUUUAAUAGUCAGUUGUUUGAAAAUCUUCACAUGAUUACCAGGAAGGAAUAACAGAGCAACAGCUAAAACCUGUGUGUCAGUCAAGAUGACUUCGGAAGAAAUGGCAGCUUCUGUUCUGAGACCCGUAACUCAGAGAAAAGUGAUUCCUUCCCAGACAGCUAUGGAUGAAAGUAGUGAAAACAUCUCAGACAUCAGCGUUUCAAAUGUGCAUACAGUCAGGCAGACUUCUCUUACCAUCUCACAACUGAACAAGCUUAGAGAAGAGUCUUCUGAAAGCAACUUGCCUGAGAUUCUCUCAAUAACGCGGGAGAAAAUAAUGAGUGAUGAGAACAGUAAUGAAAAGUGCUGGGAGGAAAGCAUGCCAGAUUCUGUGAAAAAUCUUAACAUUAACUGCAACAACAUACUGAAAAACCAUCAGUGUGGCCUUCCUCAGAGCCACUUUUAUGAAACAUGUGAUUCUGUUGCAGAGGAAGGGCUGUGUUUGGAAACUGAAAUCCCUUCUUCCCUGGAAAGAAAGGUGUUCCCUGGAAUUCAACUGGAAGUAGAAGGACCUCCCAUGGACAUCAGUCCUUUAGGAAAUCAAUCAGAGAUCAAAGAACCCAGCACGGCACUCCCUGACAGCAAUGUGGCAGUAUUUCACUUUCAUUGUGAAGUUGACAGAAGAAUGUCAGACCCUUUCUGUGCCCUCCCAGAUAACUUGAUUUUGGAUGAUUGUGGAAACUGUGUACCACUGCCUGGUGUUGGGAGGGAGCAAAAGAAAAAGUACAUGGCAUAUACUUGUGAACUGAUGGAACUGGCAAAUAACUGUGACAAUAAGAAUGGGCAGCUGCGGUGUGAUCAUUGUGACACCUUGAAUGACAAAUACUUGUGCUUUAAAGAUUCUUGCCAGAAGGCCAACGAAGUAUUUUCAAGCAAAAGCUUUUGCAGAGAGGAGAUUGCUGACAGUCCGCCUGCUGAGACCUUUCUGAGUCAUUUUGAGGACUUCCCUGAUAACUGUGAAGAUGCAGAAGAUUUUUUUAAGAGCAAAAAGGAGCGGUCUACUUUGUUAGUGAGGAGAUUUUGUAAAAAUGACAGGGAAGUUAAAAAAUCUGUGUACACCGGGACAAGGGCAAUUGUGAGAACUCUGCCUUCUGGUCACAUUGGACUGGGAGCUUGGAGUUACGUUGAUCAGAAAAGAAGUAGUCUCUUGUUGCCUCGCAAAAGAGCGAUGGAACGUCUGUCAGCAGUGAUGAGGCAAGCUGGGAGGCGAUAUCGGCCAGAAGCCCAGUGGUAUCUGAUCUACAAUGCAGUGAGAAGGGGAAAAGAAACAGAAGAUACAAUUGGAUCUCUUCUCCAUUUCUUCGUAAAGCUCCCAACCUCAGAGGCAGCCCAUGAAAGGAUUAGCAUUGGCCCGUGCUUAAAGCCGUGUGUCCGGGACACUGUAUGUGAGUAUCGUGCUACCCUCCAAAGGACUUCCAUAUCUCAGUACAUCACCGGCUCUCUCCUAGAAGCCACCACAUCUUUAGGAGCAAGAAGUGGCCUACUCAGUACAUUCGGAGGAUCCACUGGACGCAUGAUGCUGAAAGAACGCCAACCAGGUACCUCUAUGGCUAAUUCCAGUGCCCUCCCUUCAAGUUCAGCUGGGAUCAGCAAAGAACUGGUUGAUCUACAGCCCCUCAUCCAGUUCCCAGAGGAAGUUGCCAGCAUCCUAAUGGAGCAGGAACAGAAUAUUUACCGGAAGGUCUUGCCAGUUGAUUACCUUUGCUUCUUAACUCGGGACUUGGGCACUCCAGAAUGUCAGAGAUCCCUGCCCUCCCUUAAAGCAUCCAUCUCAGCAGCAAUUCUUACCUCCCAGAAUGGAGAACACAAUGCCCUUGAAGAUCUUGUGAUGAGAUUCAAUGAGGUGAGCUCCUGGGUGACGUGGCUGAUCCUCACUGCAGGCUCCAUGGAGGAGAAGCGGGAAGUCUUCUCAUACUUGGUGCAUGUGGCCAAAUGCUGCUGGAACAUGGGCAACUACAACGCUGUCAUGGAGUUCUUGGCUGGCCUCAGGUCACGAAAAGUUUUAAAAAUGUGGCAGUUCAUGGACCAGUCUGAUCUGGAGACCAUGAGGAGCCUGAAGGACGCAAUGGCUCAGCACGAAUCUUCUUGCGAGUACAAGAAGGUGGUGACCCGGGCACUGCACAUCCCCGGCUGUAAAGUGGUUCCAUUUUGUGGGGUGUUUCUGAAGGAGCUCUGUGAAGUGCUCGAUGGAGCCUCUGGCCUCAUGAAGCUUUGCCCGAGGUACAAUUCCCAAGAAGAAACUUUAGAGUUUGUAGCCGAUUACAGUGGACAAGAUAAUUUCUUACAAAGAGUGGGGCAAAAUGGCUUAAAGAAUUCGGAGAAGGAGUCCACAGUCAACAGCAUCUUUCAGAUCAUCAGGAGCUGCAGCAGGAGCCUGGAGGCGGAGGAAGAGGACUGCCCGGGGGAAGGGAGCAGCUCCAGGAAGAAUUCCUUGAAGGAUAAAGCCCGAUGGCAGUUUAUAAUCGGAGAUUUGCUGGAUUCUGAAAAUGACAUCUUUGAACAGUCUAAAGAAUGGGACCUUUAUGGGUCAGAGGAGCCACAGAAGGCCUUUGACCAUGGGACAGAGCUCAUCCCAUGGUAUGUGCUGUCCAUCCAGGCCGAUGUGCAUCAGUUCCUGCUACAGGGGGCCACAGUCAUCCACUAUGACCAGGACACUCACCUCUCUGCCCGCUGCUUCCUCCAGCUUCAGCCUGACAAUAGCACCUUGACCUGGACAAAGCCCACCACGGCCUCCUCAGCCAGUACUAAAGCAAAACUCGGUGUGCUUAGUAACACAUCUGAGCCUGGUAAAUUUCCGUUACUGGGCAGUGCUGGAUUAAGUGGCCUAGCAGAGGGGGUCUUGGACCUGUUUUCAGUGAAGGCUGUGUACAUGGGACACCCUAGCAUUGAUAUACACACUGUGUGUGUUCAGAACAAACUGGGUAGCAUGCUUCUCGCAGAGACUGGUGUGACACUGCUCUAUGGACUUCAAACCACAGACAAUAGAUUAUUGCAUUUUGUGGCCCCAAAGCACACAGCUAAAAUGCUCUUCAGUGGAUUGUUGGAACUCACUAGAGCUGUAAGAAAGAUGAGGAAGUUUCCCGACCAAAGACAGCAGUGGCUGCGGAAACAGUAUGUCAGCCUCUAUCAGGAUGAUGGGCGAUAUGAAGGCCCAACUUUGGCUCAUGCUGUGGAGUUGUUUGGUGGCAGACGAUGGAGUACUCGAAACCCCAGCCCUGGGACAUCAGCAAAGAGUGCCGAGAAGCCUAACAUGCAGAGAAACAACACCUUGGGCAUAAGCACCACCAAGAAAAAGAAGAAAAUCCUUAUGAGAGGUGAGAGUGGAGAGGCAACUGAUGACGAGAUGGCCACCAGAAAGGCUAAAAUGCACAAAGAGUGUCGGAGCCGGAGUGGGUCUGACCCUCAAGACGUUAAUGAACAAGAAGAAUCAGAGGCGAAUGUCAUCGCUAGCCCUCCUAACCCUCUCCCUUCCAGAAGAGCCCACUCUUUGACCACGGCUAACUCCCCUAACUUGGCUGCCGGGACGUCAUCUCCCAUCAGGCCAGUGUCCUCCCCUGUGCUGUCUGCAAACAAGAUCCCAUCCAGUGCAUGGAGCAGCAGCAGCUGGCAUGGGCGGAUCACAGGAGGAAUGAAGGGCUUUCAAAACCUCAUGGUUUCAGACAGUAACAUGAGUUUUGUUGAAUUCGUUGAGCUGUUCAAAUCAUUCAGUGUCAGGAGCCGCAAGGACCUGAAGGACCUCUUUGACAUCUACGCGGUACCCUGCAACCGAGCCGGCCCCGAGCCAGCCCCACUCUACACCAACCUGACAAUCGAUGAGAACACCAGCGACCUUCAGCCUGACCUCGAUUUGUUGACCAGAAAUGUCUCAGAUUUGGGCUUGUUCAUUAAGAGUAAACAGCAGUUGUCGGACAACCAAAGGCAGAUAUCUGAUGCCAUUGCUGCUGCAAGCAUCGUGACAAAUGGCACUGGGGUCGAGAGCACGUCUCUGGGCAUCUUCGGGGUUGGCAUACUCCAGCUCAAUGACUUCCUCGUGAAUUGCCAAGGAGAGCACUGGACCUAUGAUGAGAUCCUCAGCAUCAUCCAGAAGUUCGAGCCUAGUGUUAGUAUGUGUCACCAGGGCCUCAUGUCAUUUGAAGGAUUUGCAAGGUUUCUGAUGGAUAAAGAUAAUUUUGCCUCGAAAAAUGAUGAGUCACAGGAGAGCACUAAGGAGUUGCAGCUGCCCCUCUCCUACUAUUACAUAGCAUCUUCACACAACACCUACCUCACAGGCCAUCAGCUCAAAGGAGAAUCCUCAGUAGAACUCUACAGCCAGGUCCUGCUGCAAGGCUGUAGGAGCGUAGAGUUGGACUGCUGGGAUGGUGAUGAUGGGAUGCCCAUCAUUUAUCAUGGACACACACUGACAACUAAGAUCCCCUUCAAGGAGGUGGUAGAAGCCAUAGAUCGCAGUGCCUUCAUCAACUCUGACCUGCCAAUCAUCAUAUCCAUUGAGAACCACUGUUCGCUGCCUCAGCAACGAAAAAUGGCAGAAAUUUUCAAGACUGUGUUUGGAGAAAAACUGGUUGCUAAAUUUUUAUUUGAGAGUGAUUUCUCAGAUGACCCAAUGCUUCCUUCACCUGACCAACUCAGGAGGAAAGUGCUUCUUAAAAAUAAGAAGCUAAAAGCCCAUCAGACGCCAGUAGAUAUCUUAAAGCAGAAGGCUCAUCAGUUAGCAUCCAUGCAAGCUCAGGCUUAUUAUGGUGGAAAUGCCACUUCUGCACCUGCUAAUAAUGAGGAAGAGGAAGAUGAAGAGGAUGAAUAUGAUUAUGAUUAUGAAUCCCUCUCUGAUGACAACAUUCUAGAAGACAGACCUGAAAAUAAAUCAUGUAAUGACAAGCUUCAGUUUGAGUAUAAUGAAGAAAUUCCCAAGAGGAUAAAGAAAGCAGAUACUUCUGUUUACAAUAAAGGAAAGGUUUAUGACAUGGAAUUGGGAGAAGAAUUUUAUCUUCCACAGAAUAAAAAGGAAAGCAGACAGAUUGCACCAGAGCUUUCUGACCUUGUCAUUUAUUGCCAAGCAGUGAAAUUUCCAGGCCUGUCAACUCUAAAUGCAUCUGGCUCUAACAGAGGAAAAGAAAGGAAAAGCAGGAAGUCCAUUUUUGGCAACAAUCCGGGCAGAAUGAGCCCAGGGGAGACAGCACCGUUUAACAAAACAUCUGGAAAAAGUUCCUGUGAAGGAAUGCGACAGGCCUGGGAGGAAUCUUCUUCCCCCCUCAACCCAACCACAUCCCUCAGCGCUAUCAUUAGAACUCCCAAAUGUUACCAUAUCUCAUCGCUGAAUGAAAAUGCCGCCAAACGUCUGUGUCGCAGGUAUUCUCAGAAACUGAUCCAGCACACCGCCUGCCAGCUGCUGAGGGCCUACCCGGCCGCCACCCGGAUCGACUCCUCCAACCCCAACCCCCUCAUGUUCUGGCUCCAUGGGAUACAGCUCGUGGCACUCAACUACCAGACAGAUGAUCUCCCUUUACAUUUAAAUGCUGCCAUGUUUGAGGCCAACGGUGGCUGUGGUUAUGUUUUGAAACCCCCGGUUCUGUGGGACAAGAAUUGUCCCAUGUAUCAGAAAUUUUCUCCUUUGGAAAGAGACUUAGACAACAUGGAGCCUGCUGUCUAUUCUUUAACUAUUGUCUCUGGUCAAAAUGUGUGCCCAAGCAACAGCACAGGAAGCCCGUGUAUCGAAGUUGACGUCCUCGGCGCGCCUCUGGACAGCUGCCACUUCCGCACGAAGCCCAUCCACAGAAACACCCUGAACCCCAUGUGGAAUGAGCAGUUUCUCUUCCGGGUGCACUUUGAAGAUCUCCUGUUCCUUCGCUUUGCAGUCGUGGAAAACAACAGCUCGGCAAUCACUGCUCAGAGAAUCAUCCCCCUCAAGGCACUCAGACGAGGAUAUCGACAUCUUCAGUUGCGAAACCUCCACAAUGAAGUCUUGGAAAUCUCUAGUUUAUUCAUUAACAGCAGAAGGAUGGAAGAAAACCCCUCUGGCAGUACGAUGCCAGCCUCUUUGAUGUUUAACACAGAAGAAAGAAAAUAUUUGCAGACUCACAGGGUCACAGUACAUGGAGUCCCAGGUCCAGAGCCCUUUACUGUUUUCUGUAUAAAUGGAGGCACCAAGGCAAAGCAGCUUCUCCAACAGAUUCUAACCAUUGAACAAGACAUCAGCCCUAGUGCCACAGACUAUUUUUUGAUGGAAGAAAAAUAUUUUAUAUCUAAAGAAAAGAAUGAAUGUAGGAAACAACCGUUCCAGAGAGUCAUCGGUCUUGAAGAAGAGAUCUCCCAGAUCUUAAGCAGCUGGUUUCCAGAAGAGGGAUAUGUUGGCAGGAUUGUCUUAAAAACCCAGCAGGAAAACUUCGAAGAGAAAUGCAUCGUUCAAGACGACAAGGAGGUGAUCUUGAGCUCAGAGAUGGAGAGUUUCUUUGUCCAGGUCCAUGACGUUUCCCCAGAGCAACCUCGAACGGUCAUCAAAGCGCCUCGCGUCAGCACUGCGCAGGACGUCAUCCAGCAGACUUUAUGCAAAGCCAAAUAUUCCUAUAGCAUCCUGAGCAACCCCAACCCAAGUGACUACGUGCUUUUGGAAGAGGUGGUGAAGGACACUACCAACAAGAAGACGUCUGCUCCAAAGUCCUCCCAGAGGGUCCUUUUGGAUCAGGAGUGUGUGUUUCAAGUCCAAAGCAAGUGGAAAGGUGCAGGAAAAUUCAUCCUUAAGCUGAAGGAGCAGGUGCAGGCAUCCCGAGAAGACAAAAGAAAAGGCAUUUCUUUUGCAAGUGAAUUCAAGAAGCUCACCAAGUCAACCAAACAGCCCCGAGGACUUACAUCACCAUCUCUGGUCUUGGCUUCGGAAAGUGUCCAAAAUAAGGAGGAGAAACCUGUGGGCAGCUUGUCCUCCACUGACGUGAUAGACUAUCGGCAGUGACCCAGGGAAGCAGGUUUUACCCAGGCUUAAACUGGAAAUUGAUGAUUUCUGAACUGAAGCCUUCUUCACGCGAUGUGAGGAAAAGCAAAGUGGCUCAAGGUUAGCUACCGACCAACUCACAGAUGAAAGAAGCAAGUCCAGGAGAUUAUCAUUUUACAAAUGUCAGUGGCUUGCCUUAAUUGACUUAGAACAAGGUCAGAAAAUCUUGUCUGUAAAGAGCCAGGUAUUAACUAUUUUAAGCUUCCUGGGCCAUGUCUCUGUUGCAAUUAUUUGGCUCUGCUGUUGAACAAAAAGCAGCCAUAGACAAUGCACGAGUGAGUGUCUGUGUUCCCAUAAAACCACUUGCAGACACUGAAAUUGAAACAUCAUAUAAUUUUUGCAUCACGAAUAUUCCUUUUUUUUUUUCAGUCAUUUAAAAACUGUUCUUUCAGAGCCGUACAAAAACUGAUAGCAGCUGCAUUUGGCCUAGGGGCCAGAGUUUUCUGGCCCAACUUAGAACUGGGAACAAGAGGCAAGAGGUCUGACAAGUAGCAAGCUAGUUAGUGAUACGAUUUAUAGCUGAGAAAUGGAAGUUUGGGGGCAUUGCAAAUGUAAAUAUGUCCUAUAAGAUUCAUUAAAAAAUAAUUCAAUUUACUUUCUAUAUUGUGUACCAUAAAGUACUCCUCUUUCGGAUUUCUUUUUACAUGUAGAUGAUGUUGGGUUUUUGAAGUUUAUUGCUUAUAUAGUCACAGAUUAUUCCACUUUCGGUUUUCAUAAAACGAUUUUAAAAUGAUGUAUAAUUUAAUAUCUACUGAGUUGUGAUACUAGAUAAGGGAACUUAACCAUUUUUUAAAAGCAAAAGUAGAUUGAGUUGGUGUUUAAAUUUAUUUAUUUUGCAAACUUUGUACUGACACUGUACUUGUAUAUUUAUUAUACAUCACAUUGUUAUGGUUUAUGGGUUGAAGCAUUAGUGGUUCUAUUUCACUAUUUGAAGAUAAAUCUCCUAAAAAGAAAAUGUAUGGUCUGAAUACCUGAAAUGGGCCAGAAUUUCACAUCAAAAAGCUUCCUUUUCAUAUCUCAUUAACUGAAGAGCUAUUGACCUAAGUCAUACUUGCCGCUUAAUGUAAAUUAUUAAAACCUUGCUGUAUAAAGCUAUCAUGUAAGUAUAAAGGAUUCUCCUUAUUCUUGGUAUGAAGCAAAUUAUCUCUUAAAAUGAAAUAUGUAUUCCUCUAAAGUGAAAUCCAAAUUUUAGAUUCCUGUUGAUAUUAAAAUUUAAGACAUUUUUCUUCAAAUGAUAAAACACUAAAAAUCCUAAGUUUUGAAGUUUGUACCAAUUACAGAAAUGAAUAAAACCUAUUUUUAGCAUAUUCUGAAAACAGAAGUAUUAAAAUUACACCCACAACUCCCCUGUCAGUGGAAGUUCUUACUCCUUCAAAACUUUAAAGCAUGAAAAACCACCAUUUGCUUGUUGACAAUGCUGGCUAUUCCAGUUUGACAAGGUUUGUACCAUGCUACAGGUUUCUUCUUUAUAUAUGAACUAAUCAGUCAAUAACAAAUGCUCAAUGCUGCCCCACUUGUUAAAAUACUCCAGACGCUUUAUCAACUUCUAAAAACGAAAAGGCAUUUCCUCCUCUGGCUUGUUGAAAACUGAGUUACCGGUCCAUCUGGCUAGAGUGAAAAUGAAAACUGCUGAGGAAUGAUGAAAAACCAGACUAGACUCUCUAGAAAUGUCAUUUGGCCUUGACGUUUUCUAAGAUGGCAGCCCACCCCAUUCCACCAUGGUCUUUAUGAUAUAAUUGCGAUGGCUGCAGCACAAAAUUCAAAGUGUACCAUAAGACUGGAUUUUAGCGAGUUGCAACCCCACUUGGUUGUUCAUUCCAUUGAGGUUAAAGUACAUUCUCCAUUAUAUUUGACUGUUGGGGAUUUUAGGAGACAUUGCUCAAAAUGUAAAGGGUCUACGAUACUGUUAUAUUACAAUUCACUAGCACAAAAAUAUGAACUUUUUAUUUACAGCUAUCUGAAUUAAAGUUAUAUUAGUAUAUUAAUGGAUGAAAUUAGCCUCUUAUUUAGAAUGCAUCUAAAAUAGCCACCCAGACUAUAAGCAUUACCAUGUAAUAGCUUCCAGAUUACUAAAAAUCUGGAUAAAAAUCACUUAUCAGUAAGGCUGAUAUGGAAACAAAUCUAAAUGUGCAAGCUGGGUUUAUUACAAGAGUUUGAAGAAAAUUAUUUCAAGGCAAUUAACUGAAGCUAAAAAAAAAAAAAGGAGCACGAGUUGUCACCGUUAGAUGGGGCCCAACAUUUAAAAAAACCUAUAGUUGGUAAGAAAGGGUUGGAGUAAGAACCCAGCAUAAUGGGUGAUGGCCUAGAAGAAGCAGAUUAACUUCCUCUUGGUCACCAAUUUAUCUGAAUUUUUUUUUUGCAAAAUUAAGAUUACAUGAGGAUGUUAAAGAGCUGAAGAUCAAGGACAAAUCUGUACAAUAUGUUGUACAGAUUGUACAACACGGUUGUACAAUACAACCUUUGCAGAAAGUGCCCUCUUGACUGAAAGCCUCUUUUUUGUUAUCCUUAGUAAAUACAAAUUACUCAUAAAUUCUCCAGUUUGGCGAUAAAUAGGAAGUCCAGACACAACAGCAGCUAAUGACAGGUGCCUUGUUUUUAAUCAAAUUUGUUUUCAUGCAUCUGGACCACUCUGAAGACAAUGGCGGCUCAUGAAUGCAAGUGGGUGCUCUUUUUAAUCUAUAUUUUCCACUUUAUCUGUUUUCUCCCUCUCUUGUAUCUCUGUAAGCUUCUCGUACUCUGCCCAUAUACUCACAAUUUUUAUUCAACCCUGAAAAGUACUAAAAGCUUGCUUACCUGCCUGGUAUAAUUAGAUUAACUCUAAACCUCAAGGCACCACCAUCCACUCCUGUGCCAAUAAAAAGCAGGACUUCCCUGGAUGGUCAUUGAUCUUAUACUUGGAGUAAGAGGCAACCUCACUUACUCUAGGUGGCUGCCUCUGUCCCUUCAGUUCCUUCCCUCACAUCAGCAAAAGCAAGAAGAGAUGAAUGUGUGAGACCUCCAAAAAUUACUACAAUAAGUCCAAACUUGGGUCAGUAUUUCCUUGACACAGUGCACUGUUAACAACUGAUGUGUUCUCUGUGGGUUUUAUGUAUGCACUUCCUAAAAGCAACCCUUGGCUGAUGAUUAAGGAUUUUGCAAAUAGCUGAAAUGAGUAUUUUUUAAAUACUAAUUGAAUUCUGAUUACCAAGCUAUUCAUAUACAUUUCUUAAAUCCAAAACAUACUGUAUUCAAGUCUGCCAUCAAGCAGGCCUCUGAAACCAUCCCUAUUUUAGAUGACACUUCUCUGAACUUUGAAAUAACUCAUUCUGACACUGAGUUGGGAAUUUGUCACAUUUUGGAAGUGUUUUGUGAAUAAUUUGACUCACUGGGCAAGAUCAUGGAAGGCUCUUACACCCACUUCCCCACUUCAUUUUAAGUGCAUAGCACAGUGCUAAGCACAUAGUAGGUGCUCGAUAUUCGGCUAGUUAAAAAUAAACUAAGGCUGUAGCUUAGUACGGCCUCAAGUCAUGUGUAUGUGUAUUGUUAACUAUUUAGUUCUGAAGGUGAAACUCAUCAAUACAAGGCUCUAUAAGUGAAUGAAUAAUUAACUUUCAUCAAAUUCAUACAGGAUACUCAAAUACUAGAUGUAUAAUUUUAUGGUCAUGAUUCUUUUUGUAACAAGGUUAAAAGUAUAAUACAAGCAUGAAACAGCUAAUGAAUUUCUAUUUCAAAACUGAUUUUUUCACCUAUAUUCUGUUGCCAAAGUGAAGUAUAAAUGUAUUUGCAUGUUUAAAAAAUAAAUGAUUUGUGACAUGUAUUCGUCACUGUGCUCUUGGGGACAGACCGUUCAGUCAUCCAUACAACUACUCAUAACAUUCCUGGACUUUGUUUUCUAUCUAAAGGUGGAUUAAAAGCCAAUUUUAUGCUGAAUCAUAUCUUUCUCAUUAUUAAAUA